AUGUGCUUCCAGCUGUUCUUGCGAGCCCGCAUGCUGGGCGAGGACCUGCGAAUGGCCAUCGGGCAUUUUGUGGAUGGCCUCCCAGAGUUUGGAUCCGACCUGGACUUGGCCCCCUGGAACGGCUGGUCCCCCGACCUGAAGUCGCCUUGCUACGAGUCCAUCGCCCGGUGGUUCCCCAAGGCUCUGCCUGCCACACCGGUCCUCGAGCGGGUGAAGCUCUUCCUCUCCGGCCGCAACGGCGCUAUGGGGAUGAAGAAGCAGCUGGCCCUGUGGAGCGCCGUGGGGUCGAUUGACCCGUUCCCGCCAGGGCGGUACUGGCUGCCUCAUCCAGAGAGCACGUGGGUAAUAUGCACAGAAGGCCCUGAUGGUAAGUUCAAGGAUGCAGCUGGCAGGGAAGUCGCGCUACCCAAAGGCAAGCACGUCGAGGACCUCGACGAGGUGGAAAACGACCAGCUGGAGGGCGUCCCAGACAUCAUGCACCUCAAUAUCCAGUUGCGCUGCCGCGCGCGUCCGCCGGCGCUCUGGCGGAUCAUCUGCCAGGGGGCAGUGCUGAAGACCACGGAGGUCAGGUAUAACAGGAACGACAUCUACACCGGCUUGGGGAAGAUCCUCAUUGCACUGAAUCCGUUCCAGCGUUUGGACAUCUACGGCAAGGAAUACAUGAAAAAAUAUCUCGAUCCCAAAGCGGCGAAUCUGGAACCUCACUGCUACCGGCUUGGCAGGGACGCGGUGGACGCCCUGAAGCAGAGGAAGAAGAAGGGCCAGGCUGUCUUAGUUUCUGGCGAAUCUGGUGCUGGUAAGACUGAGACCGUGAAGCUGAUCCUGAAUUACGUGGGCUCCGCGUUGAGCCCCAGCCAGCAGGUUGGGGUCCGUUAUUCUAUGGACCGUCGAGGGUCGAGGUACUCGGUUGCUGGUGAGUCGGCGACGCCAGACCUGAACGACCAGAUCAUGCAGACCAACCCUGUGCUGGAGUCGUUCGGCAACGCCAAGACGUGCAGGAACGACAACUCGUCCCGCUUCGGGAAGUGGAUGCAGAUUGCGGUCAACGACAACUUCACGAUCAAGGCCUGCUUCGUUGUGGACUACGUGCUCGAGCUGACGCCCGCGGAGAGGGCUUCGGAGGGCAAGACGGACGCAAUGAUGGCCAACAGGAAGACCACGACGAGCUUCGUGGUGACACCACAAGCCGCAGGUCCCCGGGUCGGCCCCAGAGAAAAGAACGUCCCCGGCUCGGCCCUGCGCUCUCCCGUGGAGCAGCAGCUGGCGCUCCGCGCGCCAGUCCCGCAGUUUGGGGGAGCAAUGUUGCGUGAUCGUGCGCGGCCUGGAGGCCCUGCUGGGGGGGGGGGGGCGGCGGAUCACAUCUUCUACCAGCUUGUCGAGCACAGGGAGAAGGAGAAGCUCAAGCCUCUGAAGAUCCAGCCGGCAAAGAGCUACAACUACCUGCAGGGGCUUGACAAGGUGCCGCAGGUCAAUGACGACCAAAACCAGGGCGAACUUCUGGACGCCUUUGACAAGCUGAAGUUCUCCCCCGCGCUGCAGACGGAAAUAUUCAAGGUAGUGGUGGGCAUUCUGAACCUUGGCAACAUGAAAUUCAAAGCGGUCGACGCAGACUCGUGCAAGUUGGAGGAUGAGGGGACACUAGAUCCCGCGGCUGAGAUGCUUGGCGUGGACAGGGAGAAAUUGAAGAACUCGCUGCUACAGGCGAGGAUGACCGUCGCUGGGCAGGUCAUCGACAAAUCUUGCAAUGUAACCCAGUCGACUGCGAGACGGGAUGCCGUCUCAAGGCUGAUAUACGGCAAUACCUUCAAAUGGCUCAUCGAAAAAAUCAAUACGGUCCUUAGUGGAGGCAUGUCUUCGGACCAAGCGGCGCAGAUGGAGUUCUUCGGGAUGUUGGACAUGGCAGGUUUCGAGAGUUUGGCGAAAAACUCUCUCGAGCAAAUGUUCAUCAAUCUGUGCAACGAGAAGCUUCAACGACAUUUCAACGCAUUCUUCUUCGACAUGGAGUUAGAGCACUACAGGCAUGAGGGCUUGGAUGUGGACGCCAGCGAUUUCAGCUUCAAGGACAACCAGCCGAUCAUCGACAUGAUCCAUGGCAAUGCCACCAAGAGCCCCAAAGAGGCAGGUAUCCUCGGUAUACUUGACGAGGAGCUCAAAGUUGCCAAGGCCACGGACUUGACAUUUGUCGGCAAGGUGAAUAAGACGUACACAAAGUCCAACUGCUUUGUAGAGAACAAGUUCGGCAAAUGCCUAUUCACAGUCAGGCAUUUCGCAGGCGAUGUGGAAUACGACUGCGAAGGGUUCAUGGCUAAGAAUGACGACAAGCUGCCCAACGAGACGAUCGAGUACUUGCAGAGUUCCACGAUAUCCGUUCUGAGCGAGAUCGGCAACAAGCUCGCCGAACAAGCGGAGGGCGCCCCAGCGGCUGGCGGGAAGAAGAAGGCCAAUACCGUCUGCACGCGCUUCCGGGAGUCGUUGGCGGAGCUCAUGGCUAAGCUGGACGAAGCGCAGCCGCACUUCGUCCGCUGCAUCAAGCCCAACCAGGAGCGAGUCAAGAGCAAGUUCACCAGCAAAGUCGUGAUGGAUCAGCUUCUCUACAGCGGGGUCAUGGAGCUGAUCAACAUUCACUGCUCGGGUUUCCCAGAGCAGCACACCUUCGAAGAAGUCAAGCAUCACUACGACCCUCUGCUGGAAGCCGGUGCAGGCGAUCCGAGGGCGGAGGCUUACAUGAAUGGGUUGAAGAAGAUGCUCCUGGAGUCCCUCGGGGAGUCGCCAAACAUGACCGCGCAAGAUGUCGAGCACGGCGUCAAGAUUGGCAAAACGAUGGUCUUCAUGAGCCUCAAGGUAAAGACUGCAUUGGAGAGAAUGCGCCACAAAAUCCUGGCCGAGCGACACCAGAAUGAGCAGGAAGCUGUCGAGAAGCUCACAAGCGCCAUCAGAGCCAAGGAUGUAGGUGCCCUGGAGAGUGCAAUCGCCUUCUGCGAGACCAUGCGGGGGAAGAAGUUCGAGCCCCCAGAGCUUAGUGAAGCAAGAGACGCGCUAGAAUUCCAGAAGAAGUUCGUCGCCUGGCUGAGUGGCCUGAAGAAGAUCACGGCGGACCGCGACAAGGCGAAGCUGCGCGAGUGCCUGGAUGAGGCAGCCGAGCAAGAUGUGGAGGACCUGCCCGAGGUUGUCCAAGCGAAGAGGGUGUACGUCGCUAUCGAUCUGGAUGACGUGUUGGUGCCGCCUCACAAGGCCUCCCACCUCAGGGAGGUCCUCAAUGCAGCGGCGAAGGUGGGGCUGACAGGCGAUAGCGUCGAGAAGGCCAAGGAAGCGCUGAAGGUGGUGGAGGCCCGAGACAAGGAGCUGGAGGGCACCCGCCAACACAUCGCGCAGGCAGUGGCCUCUCGCGACCUCGACAAGGUGGCGGACGCGCUGAAGGCUGGCCAGGAUGUGGGCCUGGAGUCGGACGAGCUGCAAGAGCUCGAAGCCCUGCAUGCCGAGCUGCAGAAGGAGGCGGCCGAGAAGGCCGCCCGAGAGGCCGCCGAGAAGGCCGCCCGAGGCGCCCUGAAGGCGGCGGCGAGCGACGGCGACGUGGAGAAGCUGCGCGCGGCGGUGGCCGAAGGCCAGGCAGCAGGACUGCCGGAGAGCGAUGCAGACAUGGCGACUGCCAAGUCCGCCAUGCAGUGGAUAAUCAAGUUGGAAGAAGAUCGAAGGGAGGCCCGUGAAGCGCUCCAGACGGCAACCCAGGGCGUCGACAUUGAUGCGCUUCGCCAGGCUGUGACGCGCGCCCGCCAGCUCGGCGUUGACGAGCAGCUGAUAGAGGAGGCCGAGCAAAAGAUCAAAGCGGAGAUGGACCGCAAGCGCGCGCGGAGCGCCCUGAAGACUGCGCUGGACGGCAGAAGCCCAGCGGACCUAGCCAAGGCCAUCGAGGAUGGCGAGAAGUGCGGCAUUCCAGAUGAGGAGUUGCAGGCCGCCAGGGUCAUCUUGCCAGUGCGCAGUGCGGUUAUCGCACAGAGGACCUCUCCCACGGCCGAGUCGAGGGAAGCGCUGCGGGAGUGCCUAGGCGAGGCGUCCGGAGCGCCCGACUGCGGCGAGCUGCAAGACGCACGGGCGAUGCUGGCCGAUCUCGACCGCAAGGUAGCGGCUGCGGAGCAGAUGCGGGCAGCACUCGGCUUGCCUCCGGAUGACCCGACCAGGAUCAAGGCUAUUCGCGCGGCCCUCAAGGAGGCCGAGGCCUGCGGGCUCAAUGACCCGGAGCUGCUCGCUGCCGCAAAGGAAUUGGAGCAGGAGGCCGUCAGAGACGAGGUGCGCGACAGCAUCCAGGAAGGCAAGUCGCGCCGGAACACGCUGCUCUUGAGAGAGGCCGUGUGCAAGGGUGCCAAGGUAAACCUGCCCCAGAACGAGCUGGAGGACGUCCAAGCGGUCAUAACACAGGUCUACACCGAGAGGUCGGAGCUCCGCGAGGCGUUUCACCAGGCUCUCAAGCGUGACGACCUCGAGCUCCAGGCCAGCCUCUUCAAGCAGGCGGAGGAGAUUGACGCGUUCACGCUGGAGCAGCACGAGAAGGCAAAGAAGGACAUGGAGAAGUCGCGUGCCAGGAACGUGUACAUCCAGGAGGUCCAAGAGGCUGUGGUCAAGGGCGAGAUCGACGGCCUCAGGGCCGCCCUGGAGAAGGCCGACAAGGCAGGCUGCCUGAGCCCCCAGCUCGACGAGGCGCGUUCGCUGGUCGAUUUCAUGGAACGCGCGGCCAGAGCGGAGGACAAGCUGAACAAGGCCUACGCAAGCUCCGACCACACCGCCGUUCUGAAGCAGAGCUGGGCAGAGAAAGAGCUCAAGGAUGCUGGGCUGGAUCAGUUUACGAUACGGGACAAGCUCAAGCCGCUGAAGGCCGCGCGCGCCAAGAAAUUCCGGCAGCUGAUGCUGAUGGAAUAUUCAGAGGUCGACAUCGGGGACGUUGCCAAGGCCGUCAUAGAGGGACAGGCGGCCGAGAUGGAUGCGCACGAGAUAAUCGAGCUGAAGAGGCUGUUCUGGCAGAAGUACGAAGCUGCGGCCGAGGAAGAAAACGCCAGGUUCGAGGCAAUGAAGGACGAUAUGCUGUCGGAGCAGACACAACUGGCGCUCGACGUCUUGAUGCACUCGCUCAGGGUCAAGGCCGAAGGCCCAGGCACUUCCCGUGCCAAGAGCUCUCUAGCGACUCUUUGCGACAUCGAGACGGGCAAGCAGCUGGUUGCGCUUCUGCAGGAGGCGUGGGCGAACAAACAGGGCACCAUCCUGGACGAACUCGAGAGCCUCAGGUACUGCGUCAUGGGCGAUGACGGGACCGCCGCUGGCAUGAAACCGUGGGACCGCAAGGUCAUGCUCAAAACCGUCGUGGAGCUGAAGCAGCGCUACGACAACACCGUGGAGAACGCCACCGCGCUCCAGUUUCCGCUGGCGAUGCUGUGCAUGCUGCUCUACACCCAGCACGAGGCAGAUGUGGACCGCAUGCUUCUCUUCCCAGACUGCCCGGUGGUCGUGCAGCCAGAGCCCCUCCGGGAUGCUGCGUACAGCGCGUACCGAGAGCACCUGCAGCGGUCCCGCAACGCCCAGCGCAACGCCUGCCCCGACGUCAGCCCUUGCCUGGCCGGCCGGGUCACCGCGGCACUGGGCGGCUGCUUGGACGAGCUGUCGAGGGGUGCCACGGCAGAGGGGUUGCAGAAGGCGGCAGCCGCGCUCGAGGAGGCGCCCGUGAAGCUGAUGUGCGGCGUCAGCAGGCUGAAGGAGACCUUUGAGCCGCCGAGGCUGGUCUCCAGAUGGUUUCCCGAUCUGGGGAGAAGGGUGUUGGAGAUGCUCCAGAAGUGCUCUCCGGGCGACCAGCUCGUCUGGGUGGAGCCCGGCAGCGUGACGCUCAACAACGACCUCUCCAUUGACCUGGCGCGCAUGUCGGACGUCCAGGAGAGGGGCGUGCUACUCGAAAUCGACGGCGUGACCGAGGGCCUCGAGCUCGCCGACGUCAGCCAGUAUCCCGACGAGCAGGAGUUCCUUCUGCCCGUUGGCACGGUGCUGAAAGUCAAUCAGGUGGAGAAGACUAGCGGCGGGUGGUUGCAUUUGCAGUGCUCGCAGGAGCCGAGCCUCGUGCAGAAGCCGUUCGAGGACGUCUGCUGGGCGGACCUCGUCCUUGCGUCCAGCGGCCUGAGCGUCGGGCUGCAGGCGGAAGAGCCAGAGCUGGAGGCUGACGAGCUCGAGGCGCCCGGGCCCGAGCCCGAGGUGGCCGAUGUGGUCGUGGUGAACGGGGUGACCGAGCCCGGAGCCGUGCCCCUGAAGCAGCACAGGCACAUUGUGCGGACGCUGAACCACGCCUUCAAGCCCUUCAGGAGGCGCAUCCCGGUGAAGGACCCAAAGGUGGGGGACCCGGUCGAGGCUCUGUGCAGCGGCGAGUGGCGGCACGGCACGGUGGAGAAGGUGGUCCAGGCGAGGCCGGCAGGGUGCGGGUACGGGCUGCGUCAGGACGUCGAGCAGGGCCAGGUCGUCGUGAAGUUUGCCAGGGCCGAUCCGACCGCCUCCAAGGCCGACGACGCGUCGCAGUUCACGAAGGCAAUGGACCUGGACAAGGUGUGGAUGAAGUCCGAGCCGCAGUACCGCAAAUUUGGCGGCAAGCCCGUGAAGGACGUGAAGUCCUUCUUCAACGCGCUGGACGCAGACAAGAGUGGCGCCCUGGACGUCGACGAGCUCUUGAACGGUUUCACGCGGCUGGGCAUAUCCACGAGAUCUGACAAGGAGGCCGUCGUCAGCUUCCUGAGGCAGCUCGACGAAGACGGCGACGGCUGCAUCCAGCUGGCCGAGCUGGAGGCCGGGCUCAAGGAGCAGCGCCCCGGCAAGAGGCAGCCGCGGCAGGGCUCGACAGGCAACGGGAUCCUCAGGAGCAGCCAGAGGUCUCCCCUCGAGGAGGGGAGGUCGCCAGCCGGCGAGGCGCCCUCGACCCUGGCGACUCCACGGGUCGUCUCUGCGCGGGGGCCCCCGCAGACGCCGCGCGUCGUCUCCGCGCGGGGGGCGCCCUCGGCGGCGGCGACCCCGAGGUCCCCGCGGGCCCAGGCGAGCAGCGGAGGCGAGCACCUGCCGGACGUCAAGGUGAAGUCGCUCAUGUCCGUGUUCCGCGCGCUGGACCGCCGGGGGAUCUGCGCCAUCAGCCACGAGGACUUCACCUGGGCCGUGACGCAGUUCAGCGACCAGAAGGACUUCCAGAAGGUCAUCCGCACGCCCGCCGUGUGCAAGCACUUCUUCACCAACCGGUACGACCUCACGCUGCACAGAUUCCUGUGGCUGGCUUCGCCUGCUGGGUCGGACAUCAACUACAUGCUGCGGCGGGCGCGUCAGGAGCUGAAGGAGGAGCUGGGCAAGUCUGCCCGCUCGCCCGGCCAGAAGACCUCUCCGCAGGCCGGGCGGGCUGGCUUCCGCUGGCCCUCGCGAGAGGAUGCCUAA